AUCAAAUCUUUUCCAUCUCACGGGCUCAGUAACAUUUUGCCUUGUUAUACUUUGCCAAGUCACAUUUUGCCUGAGCCUUCCAGAGGUAUUAGACCUAAUUUUACCUUUCAACUUUGUGUGCAGCACCAGGAGAUAACAAUCUAUUAAAUUAUAUUUUCCACCAUUUCCUAGGCCUUCAUGGUCUUUUCAGGCCCAGAUGUUUCCUUGUCCUUUAAAAACGAAGCAAACAGUUCCAAAGAGAUGAAAAUGAAAAAAAAAAAUUUUAGAACUUGAUGAAAAUAAAAUUUGUCAUUUUAGCUCAUAGAGAUUUACAAUCUAACAAGCAGUUCAUGAAAAUUCAACAGGAAAUUCGGGAUCGAGAAAGUGAGAGGAAAAGAAGAUCUAUCCAAAAGGGUUCAGUGAAAAUAAUGGAAGAGGAUGUCUUUUAUGUAGACUCAAAUAGAGGAAUAGCAACAUCAUCGGGUGCAAAGGACAUACGAGGGUUUAUCUUAAAACAACGAAAGUAUCUUGAACUUCUGUCUCAAGCUCAUUUUAAGGAUUUUCAUGAAUGUUGGCUACUGAGAGAGCAAGGAGAAAGAGAAUUAAAGUUGGGCAAUUCUAUCCUAGCGUGCAUGUAUCUUGAUAAAGCAGUAAAGUUUAGUCAUGGAGAUACAACUUUACGGAUUAUAAGAGGUCGAGCGAGAUUGAACACUUUGAACAGUAAGGGAGCCUUAGAGGAUGCAGAAUGGGUCCUCGAUGAAAUGAAGGAAAAUAUAAACUCUGAGGCUCUACUUUUAAAAGCAGAAGCAUUGUAUCAUCUAGGCAUCUUUGAGUAUGCAUUGCUCUUCUUCAAUCGAGCUUUGCAGCGAACAAGACUUGAAUCAAAAGCAAUUAAGAUGGGAAUUGAUAGGACACAGGAAGUGAUUUUGGAAACUUUAGGAAUAUCAUAUUUUAUUAAUUUGGUUGGUAUGAUUAAAGUUUGGCAAUUUAAUAAACUUUUCCUAAUUUAUCGAAUGAUAAAUUCUUUGUAGAACAA